CUUCUAGAGGUAAGAGCAAGGAGUGACAGCUGGUUUCUUUUGCUCCACCCCCUCUCUUUUCCCCCAAACACAGAGCAGAAAUUCACCUCUGACAACACUGCUUUCAAGCUCCUGCGGACACGGUGCAUACAGGACCCAUGGCACGCAGCACUCCUCUGUGGAGAUAGUGCAGACAGACGCCUUCCUCUCAGCAUGAAGCACCUCACCCCUGCACCCCGGGCCACUCUGGCCCUCAGCCUGGUCUUUGCCUCCUUCCACUUGGUUUGCUUGGCAGCAAGGAACAGCAUCAACGCAACCUUGACCACCCACCACCCAGACCCUGGAACCCUGGAGCAGUGUCCCAAUGUGGACUUCUGCCCGCAGGCAGCCCGGUGCUGCCACACUGGAGUGGAUGAAUACGGCUGGAUCGCGGCCGCGGUUGGCUGGAGCCUGUGGUUCCUCACCCUCAUCCUGCUCUGUGUGGAUAAACUGAUGAAGCUCACUCCGGAGGAGCCCAAGGAUUUGCAAGCAUGAGGCUUAGAGCCGCAGCCCCAAGAAUGGCCGUGGCCACCACUGGGUGGGUAACAGCAGGAGGGGAGUGUGGUUGCCGAUGUGGUUUCUGCCAUGUAACGGUCAUCUGUCACCUUUGUGCUUCAGUUGCUCUUGAAAGGGGAGGAAGAUGGAAAGGGGGAUCCAAGGAAGGAAAGCCAGUGCCGCUUCACACCUAAAUUCACAAGGCGGUCGUGCCUUCUGAGCGCUGACAGUCUCCUUUCACAGUCUACGGGGAGUGCUUCUCUUGUAACCACUGCUUCCUUCUGGAAGCACAAGAAACAUGCGACCUAGACUCUUGUCCAUGCAUUCGGAGCUAAACUCAGAGCCUUCUCACCAAAAAGGUCAUUGUCUUCCAUCCCUCGCUUCAGUCACGGGCACCGCUGUCGCAGUUCAAAACGGAAGCGUCGUCAUUGACCCGCUCUCUGUCCUCACCCCCAUGUGCCUUGCUUCUCCAGCUCUUGUCCCUUCUUCAAGGUAUCUGCCAGGGCCAUCCCGCCCCACUCUCCCCGCCGGCACCCCGGUUCUGGCCUUCCUACAUCGCCCCUACGUUGUCGCAGACCCAUCCCGUGUAGUUCUCACCGCCGGCAGGAACCUGCCUCCCCACUGGCCACUCCCCGGGGGCAGCUGUGAGCAUGACCUUCAGUAACACCUAACACAGAACUUCAGUCUGGCCCUCGGCUCCUCGCGGGAGUCUCACCACCUUCCCAGGCCUGUCUCCCCGCACAUCCAGGGCCAGGGCGCCGCGGGGCUCCGAUGGCCCAGUCUUCAGCCCCCCAUCUUCCACUUCUCUGCUGCCAGGCCCUCGCCUCCGGGCCUGCCUUCCAACUCCGCCUCCAGAUUGGAGGAUUGAAACUCCCUUCCCCGACGGCCGUGGGGGACCUGGAGCUGGUGCUUUUUGGGGCGCAUCUGCUCCGCCCUGAAGUGCAGCCCUUGUGAAGACACAGUCCGUGCUACUUCCUCUCGCUCCUGGGGACAGAACGCUCUUCGUAACAUUUGUCCCAUGAAUGAAUAGAUGAACGAAUGAGUCCUUGCCCUAGAUGAACUUACGCUUAUCACUCCGCAUACAGCACUUCCAUUUCUCUAUAAAUGGUUGAAAAUAGCCAGUCUCUAAAAAAGCCACUUGGUUUGGUUUCUGUUCAUCCUGCACGAGGAUGCUGCUGGUCAUCGUGAACACUUCCAGUGGGGUCAGGAGGAGAGGAGGGUGGGUUCACCAGAAGGAAGAAAGGACAAAACGACUCUCUCUUUGGGAGCCGAUUUCUGCCCUUUGGGAGGGAGUACGUAUUUAGAAAUAACAAUACAGAAAAGGGAGAGGCUUCUGAAGCAGGAAGAAGCAUCUCCUGGAGGCGGCAGGUGAUUCAAAGCUGCUUGGCUGUUCUUUUAGAAAAUCUCGAUGCCGGGGCGAGGGAGGGGGGGGUUGUCGCCUGGGUGGCCCAGUCAGUUGAGCUGACAGCUCAGAGCCUGGAGCCUGCUUCAGAUUCUGUCUCCCUCUCUAUCUGGCCCUCCCCCACUCAUGCUCUGUCUCUCUCAAAAUAAAUAAACAUUAAAAUUUUUUUUUUUUAAAUCUCAAUACGGGCCACCUGUGUGGCUCAAUGGGUUAAGUGUCCGACUCUUGAUUUCAGCUCAGGUCAUGAUCUCACGGUGUGUGAGUUCGAGCCCUGCAUCAGGCUCUCUGCUGUCAGCACAGAGCCUAUUUCGGAUCCUCUGUCACCCUCUCUCUGCCCCUCCCCCGCUUGUGCUGGCUCUCAAAACUAAGCAUUUAAAAAAAGAAAAUCUCAGUACAUCUCCCUGACAACGGGCACUGAAACAAUUGCCUGGCCUCAGUCUGCUGUUUUCUCAAGAGCCAGGUAGUUUCAGAAUCUCAGUUGUUGAAUCGAUAAAAUGGGUGGAUUUACUGUUCCUACAUGUUAAAUAAACAACAUGCACAGAAGUGUCGGCACGAUGCGACGGUAUGAACAUACACGAGCAUGAUCCACUUUUUUAGACAGCGGAGGAAAGGGUUUCCACAAUCUGUGAUGGUUGAAUUCUUUAGAGAUGGAAAAACCCGGGAAGUCCCACCCUUUGAUUUAACAUCUGCAAGCAUUUUUUUUUUUAACGUUUAUUUAUUUUCGAGACAGAGAGAGACAGAGCAUGAAUGGGGGAGGGUCCGAGAGAGGGAGACACAGAAUCCAAAACAGGCUCCAGGCUCUGAGCUGUCAGCACAGAGCCCAACACGGGGCUCAAACUCACGGACCAUGAGAUCAUGACCUGAACUGAAGUCGGAUGCUUAACCGGCUGAGCCACCCAGGCGCCCCUUAAUUUUUUAACAUUUAUUUAUUUUUGAGAGAGACAGAUAGAGCAUGAGUUGGGGAGGGGCAGAGAGAGAGAGGGAGAUACAGAAUCCGAAGCAGGCUCCAGCCCGACACAGGGCUCGAACUCACAAACCAGGAGAUCAUACGACCCAGGCGGAAAUCAAGAGUUGGAUGGAUGCUCAACCAACUGAGCCACCCACGUACUCUCAGAGUGUCAGUUUUCUAAGUGGAAAAUGUAGGAAAUGGACGUCAGUGUUUACUAACUCAGGGGAAAAGCCUGGAGGGCCGCACGGAAGGAGGCGGGCAUAAGGCCCAUCCCUGCAACCAGGGCUCUUACCCCGUCUAUACCAGACCCCUACAGUAAGAUUUCAUUUGCUGCUUUAAAAGGCAGAAAGCCAGAACACCGGUCGGUGCCUGACAUCCCCUCCAAUCCGGACAACUUGUAAGUUUUUAGACUACGUUCAAGCGAAUUCAAGUGAAUGUGGCCGCCACUGCCGAAUUCAGAGUUAGGCGUGUUGUGAAUCAAUCGCCCUUCUCUCAUCUGUACAAGAGGAAGGACAGACCAAACGCAAAUAAUCCCUCUUCCUUUGAGAUGAGAAACACAGUUAUAUAAUUUGACGGUUAUGCUUUCCACAUGCUUUAUCUCAGAUCUUCCCUCCCAGCAUGGAAUCUCUUUAUUCUAUCAAAGCAAAGAUUUGUCAAUAAAUUAAAAAGGAAAACCUGGAGGGGAAAACCAAGUAUCCCCUUCCAGGGAUCUAAGAACUCCCUGGUAUAAAGCAGCAGGACUUGCCUAGCAGUUUUCAUUUAAGAUUUUUGCUUUUAGUAAAUGAUGUCGCCCUCAGCACUGUCACAGGCUGUGUGAUACAGAGCCCACACUGCUCAAGGCAUUUUCUGUACCAAAGUGUAAGGCGUAGAGAUAGAAUAUUAAACAUUAAGGUGUGGUACAAUUAUCUGACUUUUAAAAAUCAUCAUCUGAAAAUCGAUUCCGUUUUAUAUGUAUGAUACCUAAGGACAAAUAAAUAUAUAAUUUUUUAUUAAAAAUAAAAUGUGAUACUAUGCAUGCAAAA